AUGGCUAGAAAGAACGUCAAGCCAGCUGCCAUGUCUAAUGAGCAGACACCGUUGUUAAAAAACGAUGGCGAUAUCAUCGGGAACGGGACGUUGGGUAUGUUUUAUCCUGAAGAGAGGAUACCGAAUAUACCCCGAGUUCGCCAAGAACACCGACCCCGUAACCAAGUCUUUGCUAACCGUUCCCGUGUCCGACGAGCAGCAGGUAUUCCCGCGCCCCGGUCCCGCGAUGCUACCUACCUCCGACCACGGCGUCCGCCGCAGGCUAUAGCCCAUCGAGGCUACAAGGCUCUGUUUCCCGAAAACACGAUGCUGGCGUUCCGGGCCGCUGUCGAGGCCGGCGCGCAUGCUAUCGAGACCGACCUGCACUUAUCCAAGGACGGCUUACUUAAGCAAACUGCGUACGGUGCGCGAGCCCCCGCAGCCUAUGCCGCAGCUCGUCAGCUGCUGGAGUAUCUGAAUCAGCCUGAGCUACAGCACAUUUGGAUCAUGCUUGACAUCAAGAGGGACGACGACCCAGCCAUGAUCAUCCGACGAACAGCGGAAACACUAGAUUCGGUGCCGGGGAUUCGGCCGUGGCACGAGAGAGUGCUUCCUUGUUGUUGGACUGCGGAAUACGUAAAGCUAAGCAAGGAAUUCCUGCCCAAAUAUUCAGUCGCACAUGUAGGCUUCUCAACCACAUAUGCGCGGGCUCUAGCGAAGCACGAGCCUAGCCUGUCGAUCAGUAUGCUAUACUAUUCCCUAGCGCUACCUAUUGUCGGCACGCGCUUCAUCCGGGACGUGAAAAAGGCGGGACACCCGCUACAUUCCUGGACUGUGAACGAUGAGGACCGUAUGGAGUGGUGUGUGCGCAACGGGCUCGACGGCGUCGUCACGGAUGAUCCUAAGUUAUUCCUUGAGGUGUCUAAACGCGUCGCGGAGGACGAGGCGAAGAACGAGGGUACGGCGGUUCGUAGGAAAUUAUCUAGCGUGUCCCUGUCUACGCACGCGUGGCGCGUUUUCGAGUGGACGCGGUAUAUACUCGGCAUGUUCAUCGUCGUGAAUAUUUAUCUAUUCAAAUACGGGCUGCCGUGGACGCAGGUGCCGAAGGUGUUGGGGAAGUAA